AAUGUAGAAUAAUAAGAAAUCUAAAAGAACAAAAUUGACAAAAGAACAAAUAGAUGUUUUAUAAUAAGCAUUUACAUUGUUUGAUACAGAUAAAUCAGGAUCAAUUGAUGAAUCAGAAUUAAGAAAUGCAAUGAAAGUAAAUAAUAAAGAUUUCAUUUUAUUAGGCACUUGGUUUCAAUGCAUCUAAAGAAGAAGUUUAAAAGAUGGUUGAAUAAAUAGAUAGAGAUGGAUCUGGAACUAUUGAAUUUUAAGAAUUUGUUGAAAUGAUGAAAAAGAAAAUGUUGGAAGAUAAGAAUGUUGAAGUAGAAAUAGAAAAAGCAUUUAACUAUUUUGAUGAUGAUAAUGAAGUAAUCUAAUAUUAUAUUUUAUAGGGUGCUAUUGAUUUAGAAAAAUUAAGAAGAGUUGCAGCUGAUUUAGGAGAAGAAUGUGAUGAAUAAACAUUAAAAGACAUGAUUUAUGCUGCUGAUCUUGAUUAAGAUGGUAAAGUUAGUAAAGAUGAAUUCAUGAUGGUUAUGAGGAAGAUGAAAUUAAUAUGAU